AUGACUUGUUCUGGAGUGCGUCAACGUUGGAUUAAACAUGCCAAACUCAUAAGUAGCUGCUACCCUACUACACCCGAAGAAACAGGACCGAAGAAAAACGAGUUAGCCUUACUUCUCUAUUACGCAAGUUCUAGGCCGGCAAAGCUUACAAAGUGCGGGUCAUAUCUGGAAAAAAGGGUGGCCGCUGAUGUUCGGAAGCGGAAAAAGCAAGACACUGAAGUUUCGCUAGCGAUAAUCGAGGCGCUCCUGAAUGACUGUAAUAGAGAUAUCAAUUUUUUCUCUCAAAAUAUUCUUCAGAUUAUCGAUGACUGCUCGAGAUCGGAUGAUAUCGAUCUGGUGUCUCGCGCUACCUCUUUAUUUAUCACUUUUUGCAAAUACCAUGACGGUUCUACGCUUGGAAUUGACAUUGAAUUCACUUCGCUUUAUGAAUGCUUAAUCGACAGGUUUGCUCGGUUUUCUGUAUAUAAACAUGAUACAAACUCUAAUCUUGAGCAAAGAUAUCGAUCAUUUGGUCUCCGUGCUACUCAGGGAGUGGCAACAUCCAAAGCUUUAUAUGGGUCCGAUUCCGAACAACAGUUGAAAUCCAUUAUCCCUGCAAUCUUACAUAAUCUUAUUGAUGCAGACAUUGGUUUAGAAGAUAUGAAAAAAAAUGAUUCAAAUUCCCUUGUCGAAGAAGGCUCCACUGCGCAGUCUCAUCGUUUCUCACUCGAUGUCGAAGAUGUGUCAAAAGAGGAGAACACGCGUUUAGCAUUUCACUCUUUGAAACAGGUGUUCAAAUCGUCAGAUCAAGCCAAUGCUGCUUGGUCGGUUAAACCAACUUUGGAUUUCUUGGGAGAAAAUAAUUUGUGGUGGCCGAACUCAUUUGGUACUACUCUGGUAUCGCUUAUAUUAUCGAUAUUACAGGCAAAAGAUAGAUCCAUACUUGUGAAGUAUAUAAUACAGCAAUUGGAGUCGACUUGUGAAGACUCUAAUUCAGCAACAGCAAAACAAGUCACUCUUAUAGAAAUGUUGUCUUUUAUCUUAACUAGUGACUUGAAUCUUGACAAUCUAUCGACCGGUGAUGUUCUCAAAGAUUUACUCGAGCUUUCGUUGAAAUUUUUAAAGAUGAAUGCUGGUGAAAAACAUUCAAUUGAGAAACUAGAGGAGAAAAUGAGUGAUGAAAAUGAAAAUCUGAAUAGUAAAAUAUUGAAUGGGCUCAUAAAGUCAAUAGGUGGACUUGCAACGCACAUCUAUUACGGAACUCAAGUUAAGGACAUCAUGGAUCGCAUAAUCCAAUUCAUGAAGCUAAACUCAAUAAGUGAUACGUCACCACAAUAUAACAGCGAACAAAACUCUUUCGACGAAGUUUCACCCACAGAAGCUCGUCUGAUGUUAAUACGAUGCCUGGAUAUGGUAAUAGAAACUAACAGGGAAGCGGUGCAGAGAUUCCCAAAUAUAUCACGAAAUCAAGUCCCUAUUGAAGUCUUUCAAGAUACUGUGGUAUUAUGUUUGGAUCCCGAUCUUGAACUGAGAAUCGCAUAUAGUAACGUUUUGACUAAAUUUUUGGAAUAUAAUCAAUCAGAAGAAAUCAAAGAAAACCCGAUCACACACGAAGUACCAUCAUUGCAUUUUCUCAACUCGCUUCAUUUGUCUCUAUAUCAAUAUGCUCUUUCGCCUAGCGCGCAACCUUCUGAUCACGUUGCUAUUUCUAAAAUACUUCGUUCUCUACUGAGUUAUUUUAAGUAUGAUCAAAUAAUUAUAGGCGUGCCAGUUCUCUUUAAAUUACAGUCAGAUGUGAAAGAAGAGAAAUUGGAAGAUUUCGCUCGACAACGGUCGAUGGCAAGUGUCAUUGUACGCUACUUUUAUGAUAUUUCAAAAAUUUUAGGGAUCGCGGAAUUACGACAAUACAUUGAAGAUCAUCCAGAACUAAAAAAAGCCGCAGGGUCCGAUCUAGAAUACAGAUUAACGGCAGAGUGGAAGCCCGAAGAAGGAUUUGAGCAAGUGAAAAAACAAGCGCAACUUAUAAGAGUAUCGCAAUAUAUGGGUAGUACCAAACCGUUGAAUACUCCUAUUAUCAUGACUUUUGAAGAUAAUUCUACAGAGUUUCAAAAACCAAUUAUAAAAGUCGAACAAUUACGGGAUGCACUUGUAGUAGCACAGCCUAUAAAUGACUCUUCAGAACACGAUACCUCAGAUCUGGAAUCUAUGGUAUCACUGGGCACUGGUCCGUCAUCAAAGAAAUCAAAGAAACCUAAAUCAAAAGAGGUCAAAGCUUUUCUAAGCACUAUUGAUGCGAAAUCCGCGAGCACGAGUAGUUUGGUCAAUCCGCCUUAUCGCACUUCAUUUAUUACUGAAUAA